AUGCUUACUAAAUGGUUUAAUUACUUUAUAGAAAAAUCAUUACCGUCAAAGAAACUCAAUUUCACCCAAACGUUAAAUAAAAUAAACCUUUCACCUAAUUUCAUUCAUCAGAUCGAGUCAGUUCUUGAACCGAUAAUUGUAGGGAUAUACUUUACUUCGAUAGAACCAUUAGUAAAACAACGUUGUAUCCCAAUAUUUGAUUCUUGCUAUUUUUUGUCGGCACAAUUACUCAGUAACCAUGGCACAGAGUCAAUAAAAUCUUUUAAUUUUGAUGCAGAUAAUAAUAUGGUCUUGGAAUUUUCAAAAGAAUAUUCUGCAUACAUAACUCAUGAUAAUUACACGACACAGACAUUAUGUCAAAAAGGAAUUGCUAUUUAUCUAAUGUUAGAUUUUCCUCUGGGACUGUCAAUUCUAGAAGAAAGUAACGUGUUAGGAAUGUGUCAGAAAGAAUCAAAACCAAUUAAUGAUAUUGAAAUAUUUGCUAAUUCACUUAUGUUCUCUCAACAUAUGAAUGAUGCUCAACAUGUAAUAAAAACUUUGUUGGCUUUAUUGUCAAGAUUUGACAAGAUUCUAAGGCCAAAGUUUGAGUUGAUAAGAGAAAGUUGUGAUGAUAAUUCUGUAGAGUUAACAAAAAUUAGAGAUCUGCUUAAUGGAUGCAUUACCAUAUGUUCUGAUGAAAUAUAUGUUAAAGAUGUAAGGCUAUUGACUGGAAUGACGUUAGCUGCAAUUUUAAACCUACUGGGUUCAUUACAAUAUGUAAAUGAUUUGGUUUUAUCGUUGUUCUUCGUAUGGCCGAUCACUCGGGAACGGGAGUCAUUAAUCAUGUCAUUAUUAAGAAUUCAGACUUCUGAUAUGCCGUUAAUGGAAAAUGGAUGGCAAGGCGAAUGUCCAACGAUUAUUACUUAUUUCUGUGAUAAUGCAAUUACUUCUCAAACAAAAGUUAUGGCAUUUGAAACAAUGGGAAUGUGGCUUCAAGAAACCGAAAUUAUCUUGAGAGGCUCUAACGUAAAUAAUAAUGAAGUUUUAGAAAUUCAGGCUAUAUUUGAUUCUCAGAACUUAGAUAAAUUGAUGUCUUAUGUUUGGAAUAAUUGUGAUGACCCUGUUGAUGCUAUUCAAUACAAGACUAUCUUUGAAAAAUUAUUAGAUAUUUUAAGUAUCAAGAGAAAAUAUGAAAAUACAGAUGAUUGUUAUAAUCAAUUCUUUAGUAAUCUGUUAAAACAAUUAUUAUUGAUGGAUCCAUACCGUAAAGUGAAAUAUGUAUUGCUACUAUUACUAUUACCUAGAGUCAGAACAAAUGUCUUUCUUAAGAUUCAAGUUGAUUUUGUGCAGCGGACUUUAGAGGUAUUGCAUAAUACGACAAUUGCGCCACGAUCUUCUCAAUUGCUCGCGUCUUUCUUUGAACAGUCUUUAAAAGAGUUACUAGAGACAUCUACUAAACAAAUUGAACCCAAUAAUGAAAAGAAAAAAACUUCUGAAAUGCAGAAAGAGGCUGUAAUUAAUGAUUGGAUUGAUUUAUGGUUAACACCUGUAUGUCAAUGUCUUACAUCACCUAACGAUACUCUACGUAACAAUAUUGGUGGUUUUAUUUUAAAACCUUUAUUUAAAGUUGAUCCACUAUCAUUCUGGAAAAUUUUGGAUAUAAUUAAAUAUAAUAAAUUAUCCAAUGAUUUUGUGAAAGAUGAACAUUAUCGAUUAAAUGCAUUAAUAAUAAUCAUUAAAACUGCCAGAUCAUUGGAUUUAGUUGAUGAUGAAUCUGAUUCAUGUGAUGAUAAAAAGAUCAAGCUACAAUCUCUUCGUAAUGCGAUAUAUCAUAUAGAUCCAAACCUUCGAAUUGAUGUCCUUGGCCUAAUCAGCGAAUCACAAAAAUCAACAACAGAAGUGACAUCAACUGAACUUUCACUUUUAAAAUCAUUUUUCGAAUUAAAUCUAAAUUCAACUUCUCCUGAAUUUAGACAGAAGAUGUAUGGACAUUUGAAUAAAUUAUUUUUUAGACUUCAAGGAAAUUUGUAUGCUCAAUGGAGAGAUUAUAAAUCUCUUUUAAAAUAUGUAGAAAAUAACAGCUCCACCAUUAAGAAUAUAAAAGUUUCACAAGCGUUAUUGGAGGCAGAGCAAUUAAAACAUAAGAUUGAUGUUUCGCAAAAUUUUUUGAACUGGUUAAUUGAAUUAUUGGUUGCUUCGUUAUAUCCUGGUGCAUCGUUUCAGAGAGUGUCUUGCGCGCUUAAAAUAUUUAUCAUAUUAAUCAGAACAUUUGGCCUUCGUAAUGAAUCUUCAUUCCCGAAAGAAUAUGUAGAUAAACAAAAUGAGUCGUCAAGUUUUCCUUUUCAGCUUCCGCUUGUUACAACUAGGAAUGUACAAUUAAUAUUAAAUUGUCUAAUGAAUUCGUUUGACGAAAUCCGAACGUUAUCAUAUGAAAUACUAGAAAUGUUUCCUUCGCCAUUACCAGGAAUUAAAUUAUUCGAUGAUGUGCAGGAAAUUUUGCUUUGGGCAUUUCAGUUAAUGACUAGCACGAGAGCUGGUGAAAGUGAUAGUGGUGCUACAAUAUUUAGCCUAAUAUUUUCAAAAUAUGUGUUAAAACUUGGAUAUGAUUUGGACGUGGAAUUAGAUAAAAGUCCUCCUGUCUCCUCUUUGAGUUCGGAAUUUAAUGAUAAAUCAACUGCAUUCAUUGGGAAAUUAAUGGUACUUUUAGAGAAGCAAAUUAAAAUUGCAUCUCAGAACCUACUACUUGCAUCUCGAAAAUAUCCAAUGCAUGGAACAUUACUCGCACUCCAAUACAUAUUUCAAAAACUAGAUUACAAUUCCACAAUUAUAAAGUAUAAUUUAAUGGAAUGGCGCGUUGUUCAUGACAAAGUUAUCUCAUUGACUAAUCAAGUAUGUCAAAUAGUGCUUGAAAUAUUAUCAGAUCCAUCACCUGAAGGAAAUGUUCCUGCAUCAUUUCAAGAGAUGGAUGAGUUUAUUGAAGAAUUUGUUUAUUCAAGCAACGAUGUGGAUGUGGAAAGUGAUGAGGGGCCUAAACAUCAAGAAGACAUUUGCGCAAUAACAACAAAUUCAAUAUCCAUAACUCGUCGAAGUGCUGGCCUUCCAUUAUGCAUCUUGGCAAUAGUUAGUAGUGAACCAAGUACUCAAAAAAUACUACUUCCAUGGGCCAUGAAAACUUUACUAGACAUUGGUUCCCAAAAUAUUUCAUCUGAUGGAGACAUUGAUCAACAAAUUGUUGAUUUACCUCAAGUUCAUGCUUUUAAUAUUUUGAGAACAAUAUUUAUGGAUGCUAAAUUAGGAGCAGAUGUUUUACCUUAUGUUUCUGACGGAUUUAUGACUCUUGGUACAAAGAAAACAAAAGAUGAACACCAUUCUAUUAACCAAUUAACUAGUCGCGAAUUCUUUUCAAGGUUUCCAAAAUUACAUCCCUUUCUAGUGGAUGAACUUAAAAUUGCAGUUAAUCAACUUGUAAAACCAACACAGAUUCCCGUUAUUUGUUAUGAAAAUCCUUGUGAAAUGACUAAAUAUUUAUUUUUAGAAAUAAUCAAUGAAUUUGUAUUUGAUUCUAAAUGGACACUUAACGAGCAGGAUAAGCGGAAGCGAUUAGUGUUAAUAACCUUGAUGGACGAAAAGUUUGCAAAAAUGAGACAAACCAUAUUUGAUUUUUCUGUAUCAAAUCUUUUUGACAAAUCUGAUGCUACUCUGAAAAUUGGAAACUUCCUAACUCGACAACAAAUUGCAAAAGUGAUAAUUAAAUCGCUGUUGAAUCAAGACACAAUAGAAAGGAAUGAAAUUAUGAUAAAUAUCUUGAGUGAUGAAGAAUAUGAAGUUAGAGUUACUGCUCUGGAAAUGCUUUUGGAAUAUUUUCUUGAGAUGGACGCUAUACAUAUCGGUACAAGGUUAGAUUUGGAAGAAUUUUGUAAAAAAUUGUUCAGAUAUAUGGAAAAAUCAAAGAGUUCAUCCAUAAUAGAAGCUACAUUAAUACUUUUGGGAGCUUUGACGGCUGAAAUAUGGAACGAAACUUCAUUGCCACACGAAUUCAGGUCUUUGAGUUUGAAAAAUUGGACCGAAUAUAUAAAUAAAAAUACUAAACCUGAAAUUGAUGAUGACAUUGAUAUACGUCGAACUGCUGCAUUAAUUGUAUCCAAAGCUAUGGGUUUGGAGGACCCAGUUGAUUGUGAUAGGGCACGAGAAUUAUGUUAUGAGCACAUGACAAACCAAUAUUCUAGAUCACUUCAUUUAUAUGUAGCGUUAUUACAAAUAUUGACAAGAGACGUUAAACCAGAACAAAUAUCAAAUGCUAACUUAAUAUUUCAUAAUAUUGUUUUUAUUCAAAAAGAUGAGAUAUUAAAAUCAGAAAUGACUCCAUCUAGAGUUUUGUUUGCUAUAGAGAAUCCAAAUAUAUAUAAAGAAGAUUUGGUUGAUAUCCAAUUAGCUUAUAAGUAUCUAUUAAUAGCUAUAAAAAAGGAAAGAGAUAGAUUGGAGUUUCCUGAAAUGUUUAGGAAAGAUAUUCCAAGAAUACAAUUACAUCCGUUACUUGAUGACUUAUUAUUAGGUGAAUUGAGUCAAAAUUGCUUUAACAUUAUUACUAAAGGGGAAGAUAAAGAUGGAAACGAGUUCAUGACGUUUUCAAAAGAGUUUGAAAGGUUGUUUUUAUUGUCUACCCAAGAAAUAAAUAAAUAA